UCCCCCCUUUAUUCAUCCUCAAAACCGGAAGUCCCAUGCUUUCUCUAGUUUCAGUUUCAAUUUGACUACCCUUGCUGAUAAUAUUGUUUGUAUUUUAAAAAAUGUUAAGACUUACCAUACUUACUUAGCAUCAACCAGCUACUGAAAAUGGAAUUGACGACAAGGAAUAAACUUCUGCUACUGAUUGGUGCACCUACUACAUUACUACUAGGUUACUGGUUAUUACGCAGUGCAGACGAUGACGAUGAAGAAGAAGAAACUGCCGAAAAGAUGGCCACCUCUCGACAAACAGUUAUUGAUGUAAAAGUUCCACCGAAAGCUGUAGGAGCUGUUAUUGGUAGACAGGGAGCUAUGAUUAAGGAGAUUCAACAGAUAUCUGGAGCCAAAGUUAAUUUCACAGAUAACAAGAGAGAUUCUCAGGAAGAAAGGGGAGUUGUUAUCAGAGGGACACCUGAAGCUGCUCAGAUGGCAGAAAAUAUGAUCAGAAAAAUCAUUGGAGAACUUCCUGUUAUUGUUACUGAAGAAAUGGUGGUUCCUGGGAAAUGUCUCGGUAGAAUUAUAGGUAGAAAUGGUGACACUAUUCGUCAGAUGUCACGAACUUCUAAAGCCAAAGUUUACGUUGACAGAACAUGUGAUGAUUAUAGAGAAUCUGAGAGAACUGUUACCAUUACUGGUACCAAAGAAAACAUAGAGCUGGCUAAGUCUAUGAUACAAGAAAAGAUAGAUGAUGAGGAAUUAUUCAGAGCCAAGAAAGCUGUAAUGGAGGCCAAUAGAGAACAAAGACAAAAACCAAAACAACACGUACAAGACAAGCAGACGGAAGGAAGGACAGAUAUGUCUUCUAGUUACCAUGAUGAAGCUAAUGGAGUCCCAGAGCCCACUGAACUCCAACAGGUCCAUCCAGCAGUGAGAGGAUGGCCCGCAGGCAGGGACUAUAUUGAGGUCUAUGUGUCCGCCGUGGCUAACCCAGGACUGUUCUGGGUCCAAAUUCUAUCUUCUAUGUCUGUUGAGUUGGAUAACUUGGUCGAUAGAAUCACUUCAUUUUAUACCUCAGAAAUGCCACAGGGUUACGAUGUAUCAAACCCAUCAACAGGAGAUCUGGUAGCUGCACCAUUUGAGAAUGAUACCUCAUGGUAUAGAGCCAAGGUGAUGGGGGUAGAGGGCGACACUUUAGAUCUGUUGUAUGUUGAUUAUGGAGACAGUGGUUAUCUCCCCUUCAACAAGGUUCGAAGACUGAGAUCUGAAUUUGAGGCCUUGCCAUUCCAAGCUAUAGAGUGUAAUCUGGCUCAUGUUAAACCUGUUGGUGACACAUGGAGUGAAGACUCGAUAGAAGUAUUUGAUGAGUUGACAUAUGCUGCAAAAUGGAAAGUUUUAAUGGCCAAGAAAAUAAACCAUCACCAAUCUAGUAUGGGUAUUAUACCUGUGUUAGAACUUAUGGAUACUAAUACAGAUAAGGAUGUAAAUAUUGCUCAAGAAAUGGUGAAACGAGGAUAUGCAAUGUGGGAUGAAUCAGACUGAAAUAAAUUAAAGUGCCAUACUAAAGAUAGACAACUGUAUCAACAGAAAAGUUUGAAAAUAAUGGAUGUGAAAAAUGUGA